AUGGAACCUCUAGUAACUCCCAAGCCGUUACCAACUAACGCGCCAGUUAUCAUCCUCAAUAACAACAAUGCUACAUUGAUGUCGUCGAUUCGAGUGUUCUAUCCGUUUGUGCUCUUCAUGUCGAUGUUAUCGUCUGGCGAAAGUUUCGAAAUUCCAGGCAGAUGUUUCAACACCGAGAAAGGACUGAGCAUUGUCGGCAGCGAAUACCGCCGACUUCGAAACAUGAACCACAGAGGAUGCGCUAUGGAAUGCCGUGAGGAUCCUUCGUGUUUCGCGUACGAAUGGCUGGAGGGUAGUGCACUGUGCUUUCUGAAGUCGCGAUCGCUUAGCGGUGACCUUGUCAAGAAGAUCGACGCUGUCAUAGGAUUCUGCCUAGACGAUGAUGACGAAGAAAGGGACCGAUUUCGCGAUCACACCGCCUUUGGAACCGAACUGGCCUCGAUCAACGAAAUAGAAGGAGAAAAGUGCAAGGACACUUGCAUGGGCAUCCGAGAGGCAGCGGCUUACAGCUGGACGCCGGACAACCUCGAAGACGAUGACGCUGUUGUCGGUACUUGCAAAUGCAUCGAAUCGCUGAUGUCGGUUAAACUCAACUUCAAUUCGUUUUCCGGUUUCCUCGGACCAAGAAAGUGGCAGAAAGGAAAGCGUCACGUACCCAUUGUGAUCCGUUGA